AGAAUAUCGCGCGAAAGAAUCGACGAAACUCCAAAAAAAUCAAAACAAUCGACCAAUCGUUUGACAGUUCUCUCUCGCAGCGCACACGAAUAUCACCAUGAGCCUGUUACAAAACAUUCGAUUGUUCCAGACCCCGCUGGCCCUCGCGGCGGCCAGCCGCCGUUCGCUCCAUGUGACGGCCGCCUGCGCCAAGACGCAAUCCGGCAAGUACAAAAUCACCCCCAAGGGAGACCGGCCGCUCACGUACGAAAUGGCCAACCCGCCCCACCUGAUUGCCCACCGCAAGGCGUGGAACUCGUGGAACACCUCGAACCUGGAGGGCGAACAGCGCGCCUCGCAGACGAUGCUCGAGGACGAGUUCGUGCGGCGCUUCAUGACCGGAACCUGGCACGGUCUGGUGCUGUCGGAGGUCAUCAUCAAGCGGCAGCACAACCACGUCCGGAUAGCGGCCAUCAUACGGAGGGGAAUCCCGCCGCGGAAGAUGUACUUCCUGAUCGGGUAUUGCGAGGAGCUGCUGGCGUACUGGCUGCAGUGUCCGGUGACGCUGGAGCUGCAGACGACCGAGGAUCGGAAGGACGUGGUGUUCAAGUACAUCUAGAGUUGUUUGGGGGAGGUCGGUUUCGGUGGAAUAAAGGCAGUGCUGUUAGGAAAU